AUGCAGUUCACCACCUUCCUCGCCGCUGCCGCUACCCUCGCUUUUGGCGCUAGCGCUAACGCCGUCCCCCGUGACGGUGCUCGUCUCGCCCAGUUCCGUGUCUUCGGCGCCGAAGGCUGCAGCGAACUAAACCAGGGUUUCUACACCGUCGACGCAUCCGACGCCAACGCUUGCAAGACCUUUGAUGGCGUACCUACUCCCCCCGGUGUUAAGGCCGUCGUCUUAGAGGCUAUGAACAGCCCCGCCGCCGACAGCUGCAGUUUCUACGUCUAUACCAACAACAUCUGCACCUCCGGCACCACACGUCUCGAGACCAGCACUUGCAGCGACGUCCCCCCGCCUAACGCCAACUGGGCCUCGUGGAAGAUCAUCUGCUCUGCUGUCUAA